GCGGCGUUUGUUGUCUGUGAAAUUCCAAAUGGCCGACAUUCCCGCAUUUCCAUUACGCACCCCUGCGCCUCAGCGCAGUCAGGUCGCCAUCUGAAACUUUGAGAGCUUUGAAGACGAGUACGUGAGGCGCUCUAUCUCAUCGCCGCGGCUGCCCCUCCAUUGUUAAAGCUGAUAGCGCCGGCCGCGCAAAGCCAAAGCUGUGAAAAAGGAUUAAAUUAAUCUGAAAAUCUAAUAUAGCGCCCUCCACGGGGCAGGUGACAAUGGCGCCCUUUGUUCUCCUGUCACGUUGUCUCUCGAGGUGUUAAAAACCGAGGCGGCUUAGUGAGGGUGGGCGCAUCCCCCCGACAUCUCGUUAAUCAGACCAGGCGGCGGACUUGGCGGAGCUGAAAAGCGCAACCUACUGGACUGAGCGACACGUGAGCGGCGUGACAAAAACCCACCGGGGCGGAGGCAAGAAGUGGCCGCGACAGAACGACGAGAGAGCGGAUCCGCACGAGGUUCACCCCGACUGCCCCCUUCAGGACAUGCGACUCUAAGGGGGCCAUGGGAAACCAGCUGACAGAAAUGGCCCCCAACACCUCCUUUCUUCCCACCUUCCAGUCGGUUCACGUGGUGGUCAUCGGAUUGGACUUGGCGGGCAAGACCUCCCUGCUGUACAGGAUGAAGCUGCGCGAGUUUGUCAAGACCAUCCCCACCAAGGGCUUCAACAUGGAGAAGAUCAAGGUGGCGAUGGGCACGUCACGGUGCAUCACCUUCCAGGUGUGGGACGUGGGCGGCCAGGAGAAGCUGCGGCCACUGUGGAAAUCAUAUACCCGCCGGACGGACGGCAUGGUCUUUGUGGUGGACUCGACCGAAGUGGAGCGCAUGGAGGAAGCCAAGGUGGAGCUGCACAAGAUCACCCGCACGUCGGAGAACCAGGGCGUGCCCGUGCUGAUACUGGCCAACAAGCAGGACCUGCCAGGCGCCCUGUCCGUGGCCGAGGUCGAGAAGGUGCUGGCACUGCAUGAACUUUGCUCGUCCACCCUGCACCACGCUCAAGGCUGCAGUGCCCUGGACGGUCAGGGGCUCCAGCCGGGACUCGAGAAGCUUUACGAGAUGAUCCUGAAAAGGAAGAAAAUGCAGCGGCACAGCAAACGGAAGAGAUGAGCCCAGUGACUGGCACACUGGCACAGGGAUGGCGGCCACUUGGUGGCUCGCUGGAUUGCUUGGCACUCACUCUUCCCUCAAGGACCACCUGAACUGGGGGGGCACUUGAGCCUGGGACUGGGUCCUAUUCCCAUAUGGAGUAUACAAGGCUCGCAGCCCCCUGGGGGGCUGGUGGGCGCUCGCUGGGACUAGCGUGUCCCCCGUGGAUUUUAUUUUUUUUUACCCCCGUUUCUUUUUAUUUUGUUUGGAUGAUAUUUUUUUUUUUUUUGUAAUGCUCAUGUUUAAAUAAAUUAUUUGGAAAUUUCACAAAUCCUGA